AUGACUGAUUCUUUCAACAGUAACGAUAGCACAACAGAACUUCUUUCACAACCACUUGAAGAAUUAAAUAGUCUGCUUGACAAUAAGGAUGAAUGGCAAUUUAAUAAUGAGUGCGUGACAUCACACAUUGGCACUCUUAGGAAUUUAUUGGAACAACUUUCUUCCAUGGAAAAAUCCAUACAAUUACAAUUUAUUGAUAAAUUAAUAGAUUUUGCAGAAGAAAAUGAUAUUAACAAAUGGAUAUUGUUUAAAGCUAACAUCACUCGCAAAUUGCUAACUACUGUAAUUUGGAAGAUAAGUCAAAGAAAUGAAGUUGUUGAAAGUACAAUGAAACUAUUAGAAAUCAUUUGUUCAUUUUCUGUCAAAGUUUCAGAUAUUAAGUUAAUAUUAAAUAUGAUUUGUAAUAAGAAUAUUGAAAUUGAAGACAAUAACAACAAUAACAAUAGUCAACGAGAGAAUUCUAGUAGUAUAUGGUAUCAAGGUUCUCUAUUAAAAUUUUUGAGUUCAAUUGCUCAAAAACAGAAUACUUCCAAUUACACUACUUUAGAUUUCUUUUACUUUAAAGGAGGAAUUGAUUCUGGCAUUAAAUUAUCAAGAAUUGAAAAUUUUCCUACAAAUGGUUAUUCCUUUUUCACUUGGAUAAAAUUGGAUUCUCUUUUAUCAUUAAAUUCAAAAGCCUUUAAUAACGAAAAUAACAGAAAUAAUGAUUAUUCUCCACGAUUAUUUUCAUUCUUCAAAGAAAAUGGUGAUGGGAUUGAAGCAUAUUUUGAUAAAAACAAAUUAUCAAUCCAAUCUAAAAAAGGCACUAAGGUUACAACAAUUACUGUGAAAAAUUUUAUUUUUGCACAGAACAGACUGUACUUUAUUACUAUUGUGCAUCAACCCUCAAAAAAAGGAUGGACUACAACACCUGCUGAACUAUCAAUAGUUAUAAAUGGAGAUAGUUAUUUCGAAUAUAAUUUAGAAUAUCCAACAAAUUAUUAUUAUUCUUCUACUACUGCUACUCACUUAUUUAAUUAUUGUACUAUAGGUGCCUCUUUGGACAUUAACUCUUUACAAAAUGGCAAACAUUCUAAUAAAUCUAGAUCAUUUAAUACCAACAACAACAACAAUAGUAAUCUUUAUAAUAGUUUUAGGGGUCAAAUGACUACAGUUUAUAUGAUAUCAGAUAUCCUAAACAAAGAACAAAUAAAGAUGCUAUAUGAACUUGCUUCUUCAUCAAAAGAUCAAAGUUGUUAUAAUUUAGCAUCUACAAAUUUAACGAAAAAAUAUUCUCUAGAGGCUAAACUAUUUGGAGUUGAAAAAUGUUCUACGCUAAGUAUACAGAAUGCAAUACAAUGUUUAGGUGAUAUAGAGAUUUUAUUUCCUAUUAUCAUGCGGUUUGACAAUUUAAAUUCCAUUGCUUUUCAAGCAAUAAGUGAAUUACAAGAUGAUUUUUUCUCCUUUGAAGGUCCAUGUAGAAUUUUUUUUGUACUUUUGACAUCACUAUUACAUAACAAUUCAAAAAGUCAAAAUCAUAUCAUAAAAAAUCAAGGUAUCAAAGUUCUUAGUCUAUUACUUCAACAAAUUGGUCCAAGACACUUCUCUAUAUCAGCUUUUAAAAGUAUGCUUACAUUGGCAAGUACAUUAGAAUCAUCCAAUGAAACUCUUGUAAAUGAAGUUUAUAAGCAUUUAAUAUUUGAAUUUAGAUUGUGGAUGUAUGCAACUGUUGAUAUACAAAAGUAUUGUAUUGAAUUUUUGAAAAAUUUUGUUGAUGCCAGAAAACAAAUGUGUCGAGAUCUAUUUGGUAUUCAAUUUUUUUUGGAUGUCCUUCAAAAUGUUUAUUGGUAUAGGCAAACUAAUACCUCUGUACCACACAGACAUCUUACAUCAGGUGCUAAUAGACCAAAAACAUCUCAAAUUAAAGAACUUCGUGGAAUGAUUAUUAAUAUGAUUGAUAUUAUUUCAUCUUAUGGUGGAUUUGAAUUUCUGUGUGAAAUGUUGAAACGAAGAGAUGAAAAUGUUCGUUUGAAUUCUAUCAAAAUAAUUACAUAUUUGAUCUCUUGCCCUUUGACUCCAAUUCAAUUUGUAAAGAAGCUUAGAUUUGAAGAGUCAGGUAUUAACAAUCUAUUAAAGCUAAUGGAAGGUGAAUCAUUAACCAUUAAUAUUUAUUAUGCAUUGCUGGAUUGGGCAUCUGAAAAUUUUAAUUUGGCUAAAGUGACAUGUGAAAAGGAACUCGAAUCAUCCCCAUCAACCACAGCCACCACCAUGAUGAUGAUCCAAGUUAAAAACUUUAGAAUAAUUUUUUUAAUUUUGGCAUUAUUAAAUUCUGAGGGCACAAAAAGAAAUGACAAAUGUAUUCUAGCACAAAAGGCAAAUAAAGUUACUUCAGAUUGGGCUUUAGAAUUUUUAGCAAUUAUUAUAUGGAAUAUUUUGGAGGUCAAUAAUGAUGGCUAUCGAGUUGUUGAAGAAACUAUAAUCUAUUUAUGGACAAGUGAUAGACAAGAUUCUUUAGAAACAAUUCGUUCUUUAUUAAUACAACUUUUGACAUUAACUACUAAAGAGUGUAAAAAUUCAAUUGAUUUAAUUCAGACAUUAAUUCAAAAACAAAAUUCAACUAUACAAAAAAGUAAUAAUUCUCCAUCAGGAAGUUAUUCUUCUUCAUUUAAAUCUAUAUAUGAAUCCACGUUUACUCCACAGAAAUAUGAUGAUAUAAUCUUUCAAAGUCCAAGUAAUCCAUGGGAAGAUAAUAAGACUUUAGCUCAAUUGUAUUUUGAUGUUGUUAAUGUUCUAGAUACAGCUGGAAAUUGGAGAAUGGAUUUACCAAGUAAUAAAAAUGGAAUAAUGCAACCUGGGGAUUUGUGUAGAAUGGUAAUGAGAAUUUUAAUUGCUGGUAUUACAAUCCCAGAUCAAGAAUUACGUGAAAAAUGUAUUGAUCAACUAAUGGAAUUUCUUGAAAGACAUGUAAAAUUAUCCCCCGAUUCAUUUUCUACUACUGAUGAUGACAAUAGUAAUUACACAUCACCAACAGAUAAAAAAAUUUUGGGAGGAUUUUAUUGUCAUGAUAGUGAUAUUUUUCAACAACAUAUUCUUUUACUUUUGGGUGAAAUUCAUGAUGCAUUCAAUGGUGGUGAUAAUCCAAUUUUUGAUGAAGUUUUUGAAUCCAUAUGGUCAGGAUCAAAAUUAAAUAUACAUAUCUUUAUAAAAUUUGUUGAAUCACGUAAUUGGAUGGCAAUAUUUGAUAAAUAUGUUGUUCAUGCAAUGAGAGAUGCAGUUGAAGUUGAAUUCUCAAUAGUAAAACGUAUGUUAGCACGUUUUUCAAAAAAAUUAGAUAUGUUCCUACAUUGUUCAAGAAAAGAAGAAUCGGCAACACUUAAGCCGGGGGAGACUUUUGACAAAAAUUUAAAUUCAAUCAUCAAAUCUUAUCAAAGUGAAGAAAUUUCUCGCCUAAAUAGUCUUGAAGUUGAAAAGAAAAAUGAUUAUAUUAGGACUUCAAGAAGAUGGUUAUCCAAGUUUCAUGAAUUGACUCAAGAACGUGGUGUCUGGUCAAUAGGAGGAAAUAAGGCUGCUGAUAUUCAUUGGAAACUUGACAAAAAAGAAAAUUAUUCAAGAAUGAGGCGAAAGCUUACAACCAAUUAUGAUUAUGAUCCACAUCUUGAAGCAAGUGCAAAAAGAAACAAAAUGCAUAAAUCAAAUAAAAACAACAAUAACGAUUCAUUAGCAUCUCAAAAUAAAAUCAAAAAUAUUCAAAGAUUAAAAAGGGCAUCAUCAUCAUCUAAUGUCAAUAAAUUUGGAUAUAAUUCACCGCCAUUUUUGAAUUCAAUUGAACCAUUAACAGAUGGUAAUUGGGCUUUUAAUAUAACGUCUUUAAUCUCUGAAUCUGAUAUCCCAGAAGAACCAAAGGAUCAAGAAUGGAAUAUUGUUGUGGGUGAUGAUGUUGUUGAUACUUUUGAUCUAUCAGCUGAUAAAUUUAUAUUUAAAACAGAUUGUGAACUAAUAAUACACUUAUCUGCCAUCAAAGGUCAUUUAGAACUUACUACUACUCAUUUAUCAUUAAUAUUGGAUCAUCAAGAUUUGUUGGAACAACUCAACAAUAUUGAGCAGGGCUCUAUAAUUGUAGAUAGUGAGGUAUUACUAGACAAAAAAUGGUCUAUUUCGGAUAUACGAGAGAUCCAUAUGCGAAAAUAUCUUUUGAAAAAUAGUGCUCUUGAAUUGUUCCUUACAGAUCAAACCAAUUAUUUUUUUAAUUUCCCAAAUCCAAAAGAUAGAAAAAUCCUUCAUUCAAAAAUAAUAUCAUUUCAUCCACCCUCAAUGAUCAACCAAGAUACUCGUGAUCCCACCAUGAUGUUUUCCAGGUCAAAUUUGAUAGGACGUUGGCAAAGGCAUGAAAUUUCCAACUUUGAAUAUUUGAUGCAUCUAAAUAGUUUUGCUGGAAGGUCUUACAAUGAUUUGUCACAGUAUUUUGUAUUUCCAUGGAUUCUAUGUGAUUAUGAGUCAGAUACAUUAGAUUUGUCUGACCCCAAAAUUUAUAGAGACUUGUCUAAACCAAUAGGAGCUAUUAACCCUAUAAGACUGGAACAAUUUGUUGAGCGGUAUGAGUCUUUUUAUGAUCCUUCUGGACGUAUAAAGCAAUUUCAUUAUGGAACACAUUAUUCAAGUGCAGCAACAGUGGCUUGUUAUUUAAUUCGUUUAGAACCAUUCACAUCUAUAAAUAUUUCAUUACAAGGGGGGAAAUUUGACCAUGCUGAUAGACAAUUUCAUUCUAUUCAGGGAGCUUGGCAAGCUUGUUUAAAUUCUAGUGGUGAUGUUAGAGAAUUGACUCCAGAAUUCUUCUAUCUUCCAGAAUUUUUGGUAAAUCAUAAUAAAUUUGAUCUUGGAGUUCGACAAGAUGGUGUACCUGUAGAUGAUGUCAAAUUGCCAAAAUGGGCAAAAUCCCCUGAAGAUUUUAUUCGUAAGCAUCGAGAAGCAUUAGAGUCUGACCAUGUAUCAGAAAAUUUACAUCAUUGGAUAGAUUUGAUUUUUGGAUAUAAACAAACUGGAGAAGAAGCUGUUAAAGCAUAUAAUGUAUUUUAUUAUUUAACAUAUGAAGGUGCUAUUAACAUUGAAAGUAUUCAAGAUCCAAUUGAAAGAAAAAGUAUUGAACAACAGAUUUAUCAUUUUGGUCAGACACCCACUCAACUUCUCAAAGAACCACAUCCUAAACGAUUUCCUAGUAAAAAAUUUUUGAAAAAAAAUUUGUUGAAUUCCUUGGAUAGUCAGGAAUAUUUCUCAUUGAAAUCUAAUAAACUAGUUUUUGUUGAUUUGCCAUCACCUGACUUUAUGAACUUUUCUGCCAUUGAUUUACAACAAAUUAUCACUGUUGAUGAAAAUGGAUUAGUUGGUAAACAUAAUCUUUUGCCUAAACCAACAGCUCCAGAAAUAAAAAGAUUUGAAGUAGAUCCUGGCUUACAGUAUAAAAGUCAAUUGAAUAGUCCAUUUUCUUUUGAUGUAAAAAUUACACCAAGAAGUUUCGCAUGUAGUAAAGAUGGGAAAGUUCUCAUAAGUAGUGGACAUUGGGAUAAUUCAAUAAAAUCUAAAGUAUUAUUUCUUAACUGCUUUGCACAUACUGUGACAACUGUAGGAAUUAGUGAGGAUGGAAGAAUUGUUGUUACAGGUUCAAGGUCUUCUGAUUUGUUGUCUUGGAAGAUCAAUAUGACAGAUGAUUUUGAAUUUUUAAAUAUUGAACAUAUACCCAUGCAUUCAUAUUAUGGUCAUGAUGAUGAGGAUGGAACAUGUAUCAUUCAUUCAUUAAGGAAUGCAAAUUACAUACGAACAUUAUGCCCAUUUGAAGAUGACGAAUCAUCUGUUGAAUAUUUAUGCAUAACCAAAGAUGCUAACAUAGUCAUAUAUAUGGAAUAUAAAAAUGAAUAUUUUCUUCAUACUUACAGUAUUAAUGGAAAGCUUUUAAAUUCAAUGCAACUAUCUGUUAAAAUAGAACAUAUGAUUUCUUCAACUGAAAGUAAUUCGAUAGUUACAACAACUAUUGGAAAAGAUGAAAGAAAAUUAUAUCAUGAAUUCACAGUUCCAUUAAUUGCAAAUUGUCUUAAAUUAAGUAAUAACGAUAUGCAAAUGUGGAUAACGGGAAAUAAUGGCAAAUUAUUAAUAGUUUCUGAUAAAAAUUAUUCAAUAAGAAAAUUUCCAUCAAUUUAUAAAAGAAUAUUCUUUAAUGUAAAUAAUCUAAAUAAUAAAAAUAGAACAAUUAAACCAUUACAAUUUGUAAUGAAAAGUAACCUGUCUCAAGAUGAAUAUCAUCGACUAUCAGAAGAAACCAUGGAAAAAUUAUAUGAAAAUUUGGAAAGUCUAGGAGAAGAAACAGAUAUCGAUGAUUAUGAUGUUGAAUAUUCUUGUGGUUCAAUGGGUACAUAUGUUAUAAAUAAACAACCUCCUAAUAAACAAAUCUGGUUGUCAUCACCGGUUAGUGGGCCAAAACGUUACGAUUAUGAUUUCAAAUAUGAAAAAUGGUUUUAUCAUCAUGAAAAUUCAACCUUAGAUGGAUUAUUAAGUGAUGAAUUAUCACAGAUCUUCAAGAGAAACGUGAAGUUAUCUUUUUGA